UGAUAUUAAUUACAUAAUUUCAGGUAGCAUUAUGAAGUUCAAUGCUCAUGUCUCAAGCUCCAGGAGGAAGCAAAGGAAAGCCCACUUUUGUGCGCCAUCAAGCAUCAGGAGAAAGUUAAUGACUGCUCCAUUGUCUAAGGAACUCAGACAGAAAUACAACGUGAGGAGCAUGCCUAUUCGAAAAGAUGAUGAGGUCCAGAUUACCCGUGGUCAGUACAAAAGCCAGCAGUUAGCUAAAGUUAUCAGUGUAUACAGAAAACGAUGGGUUAUCUAUGUUGAGCGAGUCCAGCGAGAAAAGGCUAACGGAACAACAGUGCCUGUUGGUAUUAGUGCUUCCAAAGUCGAAAUUUCAAAACUGAAGCUUGAUAAGGACAGACGAGCAAUCCUCGAAAGGAAAGACAGGUCAAAGAAGAAGACAGACAAGGGUAAAAUUACAGAGGAGGAAGCUAUGGCUGCUGAAUAAUGUGAUGUUUUUUAUUUUAUUUAUGAGAAA